AAGCUUUCCACCCAGGCGGGGGAGGAGGGCGGGCAGGAAGCGGAGCCAGCCCUGGCGAAAGAAAAGACUCCAAUUCCCAGCCCCCCGCCCCGCGGGGGUGCGGGCCGGCGGCGCAUGCGCGACGCCCGGCCCCCAAUUCCCCCAGCGAGGGAGGGAGGCCCCCGGCGGCCGGGAGGCUGCGAGCCGCGGCGGGACCCGAGCGCACACAGGGGCGCGGCGGCGGGGGCGAGCCGGGCUGCGGAAGCGGCGGCGGAGAGCGUGGAGCGCCCCGCUCGUCCGUCCUGGCGCGUGCAGGCACCCGAGGGCACCGCCGGCUCGGCCCUGAUAGGGGCCUGGCGCCCGCAGCCCCCCACGGCCGAAGAGGGAUGCGGUGCGCCCUGAGGGCCCGGUAGCGUCGGAUCGCUGCGCUGCAAACCCGAUGAUGGAUGAGCCGUGGUGGGAAGGGCGCGUCGCCUCGGACGUCCACUGCACCCUGCGCGAGAAGUGGCCAUUGUGGUGGGUGUGAGGUGCUCUCUCAGGAGCUGAAGCUGCCCGCCUUCCGAGCCCACUCCCCACUCUUGAAGAGCCGCCGGUUCUUUGUCGACAUCUUGACCCUGCUGAGCAGCCACUGCCAGCUGUGCCCCGCAGCCCGGCACCUGGCCGUCUACCUGCUGGACCACUUCCUCGAUCGCUAUCACAUCACCACCUCCAAGCAGCUGUACGCCGUGGCGGUCUCCUGCCUCCUGCUCGCAAGUAAGUUUGAGGAUAGGGAAGACCACGUCCCCAAGCUGGAGCAGAUAAACAGUACAAGGGUCCUGAGCGGCCAGAACUUCACCCUCACCAAGAAGGAGCUGCUCAACACGGAACUGCUGCUCCUGGAGGCCUUCAGUUGGAACCUCUGCCUGCCCACGCCUGCCCAUUUUCUGGACUACUACCUCCUGGCCUCCGUCAGCCAGAAGGAUCAACACUGCCACAGCUGGCCUGCCACCUGCCCCCACAAGACCAAAGAGUGCCUCAAGGAGUACGCCCACUACUUCCUAGAGGUCACCCUGCAAGAUCAUAUUUUCUACAAAUUCCCGCCCUCUGUGGUUGCUGCGGCCUGCGUUGGGGCCGCCAGGAUCUGCCUUCAGCUUUCUCCCUACUGGACCAGAGACCUACAGAGGAUCUCAAAUUACACCCUAGAACAUCUCAGCACGUGCAUUGAAAUCCUCCUGGUAGCCUAUGACAACGUCUUCAAGGACGCUGUCGCAGUCAAGAGCCAGGCCUUGGCAGUGGUGCCCAGCACAGCCCCCGCCCCCACCCAAGUGCUGUUCCAGCCGCCCGCCUACCCCACCCUCAGCCAGCCGGCGACGCCGGGCCUGGCCUCGUUCCAGACCCCCGUGCAGGACCUCUGCUUGGCCUAUCGGGACUCGCUGCAGGCCCACCGCUCCGGGAGUCUGCUCUCUGGGGGAUCCGGCUCAUCCCUCCACACCCUGUACCCUACCCUCCAGCCCCUGGAUGUGUGCCCCGUGUCCCUCCCCGCGCCCCUCCGCGUGCAGAUGGCCAUCACAGCUGAGCCCAGGCACUGCCUCACCACCAGCUACGGAAGCAGCUACUUCAGCGGAAGCCACGCAUUCCCCACAGGCUGUUUCGACAGAUAGGGCACCUUUGGUCCACACAGGGAGGCCUUGGAAACUCACCUGGGCAGAGGAAGAGGACACAGUUCAGGGGAGCUCAGCUGAGUGAGGCAGCGGGGAAGCCGUCCCCACAGAGCCUCGCUGACUUCGAACACAGAGGGUUCAUGUUCUUUUUAAUGAAAGCCAACAAAAGAGCAAAAUAGUCAAUGCCAUCCCUCCCCCGAGUGAAUUCCUCUGGAAAACGUCUUCCACAUGUGCAGCUGGGGUGCAGGGGGACGGCUCAGCCACAGUCCUCUGGAGGAGGGACCUGGUGGAGUGAGAAAGACCUGGUAAGAGGCCAGGAGACUGGACACCGGUCAGUCCACGAGCAUGUCUGGUGUCUGGCAUCAAAGACUUUAUUCCUUGCCGGCAUCGGUGACACUGAACAAGGAGGGACUGCCUGACGUGUUCUCAGGACCCCCGGCAGAUGCCGAAUUCGGUGCUCUUUCCCUGGCUCCGUACAGAGGAGCCUGCGUGUGUUUUUGCCUGAGCGUCUGCCUUCUAAGGCACGGUGGGUGGUUGUCUUGCUUUUGUUGUUAAAUCUAAAACCUUAUUUGGCUUUUUAGAUAUUUCACCCACUGCUGCUUCCCGAAGUGACCUAGCUUUCUGUUCAGUAAGAUAUCUUGUUUACAUACUGUAUCAGGGAUUUUAUGAUACUUGAAAAUUCCUUAGGAGAAGAAAAAGGUAGAUUGCCACACUGCCUGUCGCACGCAAGCUGUAGGUUUGAACCCAGCUUGUAACAGCAGAAAAUGCGUUUUCAGAAGCAUGUGGUUGGGGAAAGCCAGUUUCCAGGCUCUCACUUCCAGAAGAUUCCACGUCUUGGAUGCUGUGUUCACCUGUAGAACUUCAACAACCACCCAGAGGAAAAAAGUGAUUGAAGGGUAGACAAGGGUUUACCACGAACAACCCCCACCUCCCUCCACCAUGGGCUUAAUGGUGCACGAGGUUAAACCCAGCCGUGGCUUUGAGUUUGGCUAAUAGGGAAGGAUAAAAAUGUGGGUAUUUGCUUCAUGCCAGCUGACUUGGGGAGUGGGCUCGUGCAUGGGUAUAUGUCACAACCACUGAAAGGCAAGCGAUUGGUUGGAUCGAAAGCCAGUAUUUGGGUCCCCGCCGCAAUUGGGCUCUCAGGAAGACUCCUGUAACCAUGUGCAAUAUGUUUCUAUUCUGACUCAUGGCUUGUGCUCAUUGUUUUGUUUGUUUGUGUUUUUGCUUUUUUUUGGUUGGUUUGGGGUCAGGGGGACACAGUGUUCACCCAUCAGAACUGGGAGGUGCAAAGAACCACAGAAGCAGUUUUUGUUUGUUUGUUUGUUUGAAGAAGAACCCAUCUCGGUUUUCUUGGCUUACGAGCCAGUCCAGGAGACUGGCUCAGGGCCUGCCAGGGAGGCAGCUACAUGCUGCUGAGUUGGAUCCGAAGGUGAUUUCCAGAGCGAGUGGAAGCUUCCACAUAGAAGCAGAAUAAGAAGAGGUGACGUGGAUAAGGGCGCUGCUGCACCUUUGUCACUCGAGUGUGGGAUAACUACACGUUCGUUUGUUGCUUUUCUCUUUUUCGUUUGCCAACCUCCUUCUAUUUAUGUGAAACUGGUUUGGAUUCCAAGUUAAUAUGUCCAUCUGUUCUGGGACUGGGGCUUGUGAGGGGCCCCCCAGUAGAGCUCCCAGCCAGCCCAGCAGCAGAAGGCGGCAUCCUGCAAUAAACAUGUCACCUGC